AUUACGGUAUAUUUUAAAGUUUUCGUUAGAUCAGCUGUAAUGUAAAAAUAAUAAUAAAGAAAACUUGUUAAAUGCAUUUAAAAACCGUUUAUGUGACUGUUGGAACCACAAAAUUUGAUGCGCUCAUUAAGGCCGUAACGUCAGAGGCGGCUCUGGAAGCCCUGCAAUCCCGUGAGUGCCGCAAACUCAUCCUGCAGCAUGGCAAUUCCGAGCCGGUGCCAGCGGAUGUGUCUCGACGGAUAAGCCAGCAAUACGGCAUCCAAUUGGAGCAGUACACGUUUCGACCCAAUAUUGAGGAUAUUAAGGCCUCCGAUUUGAUCAUUGGCCAUGCCGGUGCCGGCACCUGCAUGGAUAUAUUGACCAACGGCAAGGCUGGACUCAUUGUGGUCAACGACGAGCUGAUGGACAACCAUCAGCAGGAAUUGGCCACGCAGCUGGCCUCCGAGCAGUACCUCCACUAUUGCAAACCCAGCCAGUUGGCCGUCCAACUGGCCACUCUGGAUUUUGCGUCGCUCAGAGCCUACGAGUCGGCCAGCGAGAAUAUGCUGAAGUUUGUGAAUGCCCUGGACGAGCUGAUGGCCAAUCGAUGGUCACAUUCCGCCAACAAAUAGUGUUUCUUUUGGUGCUGACCCUUAAAGCGGGCGUUUUGCUAUUUAUUUAUGAGUAUACAAGUAGAUAUAAUAAACACGGCAGAUGACGACUACAUAGAACAUUAAUCGAUUAUGUACUAGCAUUUAACACACGUGCUUGGGGGCUAUAGAUAUAAAUUCACGAUUAUUGAACAUUAAAGCGUACAUAUUUUA